AUGACAAUGAAACCAGAAAAUGAUCCAACUGGACCCAUUGAUAUGGAUACCUGUGAGCCAUGGGAGGAAACAAACGAAAACGAAGAAGAGCAAAAACACUUAAAGGGUGAUAAUCAUCAUGAGGAGGAGGACGAACCAAAACACCAACAACAACAACAACAAGUAAUCAAGAAGAAAGAAUACACCAAGACAUCAUCCCGGCCGUUUGGAUCUGCUUUCAAACAUUUGAUCAAGACCAAGCGAUUAUCUAUAUUAUUAAAGCGUAUCACAAAGCAUCAUGUCGAUCAUGGAAACACCACGGACAGUGACAUGUCCAUGUCAUCGGGACCAACUACGUUUGAUCAUGCUGAAGAUCCUACUACUAUGAUUGAGAAUAAUGAACCACCCGUUUUCCAUUACAAGGAAGGCAUCAAGUCGCCCUUGUUGAAGAAUGUGGACACAAGUCUAUACGACAAUAGACUGCUUUCUCCUUCCAUUGUGGUCGAUCAACAACAACAACAACAACAACAACAACAUCAUCAUCAACUAGGUAUCAAUAACAAGCAGCGUCAGCACCAGCAGCCAUCAUUCCGCCAUUACCUGCCCAUGGAUGGCAUGGUCGUAGCACUCUAA